AGACACACACAGAGACUGUCAGUGCCAGGAUUAGGGAGACAGUGACUCAUUUAUUCCUUGGGAGCAAGAGAGGGAAUAAGACAGAGAGAGACAGAGCCAGGGCCAGGCUGGCAAUAAGAUCCCACCAUUUGCCCCUACACGUGGCAACUAGGAAGAAGCAGUAGUUGCCCCAGUUGAAUCUCGUCUGAAUUGCCCCAGGCAGGACCAGGAUCCCAGAGAAUCUCAUCACUUUCAAUUAUUCCAUCUGAGGGACAGACAGAAUGACACCAAGGAACUUGCUGCGGACAUUUGUCCCAUUGCUCCUGCUUGUCCUCAGCUCGGCCGCCUCUCAGGGAGAAUGCCCAGAGGGACGUGCCUACAGCCAAGAUCUGGGGAAGUGCAUGGAAUGCAGCGUGUGCAAGAACUCCGAAAAGAGCGACUUCUGCCAGAACUGUCCCUCGAAAACUGAACAGCCUGAUUUCCCUUGGAUUUGGGUCAUUGGAUUUUCAGCCGGAGGGGUGUUUUUUAUAAUCGUAAUCCUGAGCCUCACCGUGUAUCUGACUCACUGCCGCAGGAAAAGCAAGUUCACUACUCCCAUAGAGGAGACCGGAAGCCAUUCUGCAGAAGCUCUGCUCAUACACUGAACACUGAGAGGUCACAGCUAUAGGACCCUCCUGUCUCCCUUGAAUCCAGAAGAAGCUGCUAUCCGGACAUGAUGUAUAUAAUAUUUGUAUAGAGGAGACGUGUACAAAUUCCAUAUACAUAUAUAUAUUUACUGUAUGUGUAUAUAGUAUAUAUGUGUGUAUAGAGCUGUGCUGGGCACAGGGACCACUGUCAGUAUUUGUACCAGAGAGAUGGAAGAUGUGCUGCUGAGCCGUAUGUCUCAUCCCCUCUGCAGUUAAACCCCCAAUUUCCCCACCCCCACUGCAGACAAGACCCCCACCUUCCCAUGGAAAGGAUCUAUUGCCUGGCAGCACUGGGGGCACAAUUGCCAUGUGGUCACGUAAUGUGACAGUUUCACCCUGAAACAGAACCACAAUCAAAGCGGUUAGAACAUUUCAGCAAGUGCCUUAACCCUGCCCACAGGAAUAAACAUGGGAGGUUUUUAGCAA